CUCUCGAAGCCAGGGUUUACUUGCUUUGCUUGCUAGGGUUUGGUCUCGCCGGCUGUCUUAGUGUUGUCGGCGGCGAGGGGAGAAUGGAGGGGAGCCGAGGGGACGGGAGGAACGCGAACCAGCUGAGGCCGUUCACGUGCGCGCGGAACCCGCUGGACCGGGCGCACGGGUCCGCGCGGUGGUCGCAGGGGGACACGGUGGUGCUGGCGGCGGUGUACGGGCCCAGGCCGGGGACGAGGAAGGGGGAGAACCCCGAGAAGGCCUCCAUCGAGGUCGUCUGGAAGCCCAAGACCGGCCAGAGCGGGAAGCAGGAGAAGGGGUACGAGAUGACGCUCAAGAGGACCCUGCAGAGCAUCUGCUUGCUCACCGUCCAUCCCAACACCACCACCUCUGUCAUUCUUCAGGUUAUGGGCGAUGAUGGUUCUCUUCUUCCAUGCGCGAUUAAUGCCUCUUGUGCUGCACUUGUUUUUGCUGGCAUCCCUUUGAAACAUCUUGCUGUUGCAAUUGGCUGCGGGGUAUUGGGGAAUGGUGCUGUGAUUUUGGACACAAGCAAGGCAGAAGAGCAGGAAUUGAAAUCGUUUGCUCAUUUGGUGUUCCCCAACUCACGCAAAUCUGUCGAGUCAAAAGAAUCACAACAGAAAGAUGAGCACUCUGAACGAGGACUGUUAACUUCAAUCACCCAUGGCGUGAUGUCCGAGGACGAAUACUUCAGCUGCAUAGAGAGGGGUCUUGCUGCAUCCUCGCGGAUCUCAGAUUUCAUGAGGACAACCUUGCAGAAGCAGACGCCUGAUUAUCUUUGAUAGCCAUCAUAGCCCGGUGUGAUUUAGCAGCUGGUCACUGGUCCAUGGUUGCAUAGGCAUGGAAAAGCUUGUGGUGUGGGGCAAUUUUGCGUGAAAAAUUGUAGUGUUAGCUUCAUUUGUGAAUCGUUGAACCACUGAAUAGCUGAGGAAACUGUUGCAGGCACUUGCUGAAUUAUUAUUGACUGUAUCCAGGCAGCUGCAGUUCUGUAAAACCUUCAUCUAUGGCCGGCCCUCCAUGAACAGUUAAUCCUGGUUGGAUGGAGCAGGUUGUUUGAAUUGAGCAGUUGGGGCUAUCCUUUAUGUUAUCCUCGUUUGUGAA